AUGGCUUGUGAGAGCCACAGCUAUCAAGGUAGCGGCAGCGGUCGCGAUAGCGGCAGCUGCAGUGGUAGCAGCAGCGGCAGUGAUAGCGGCAGCGACAGCGGCAGCGAUAGCGGCAGCUGCAGUGAUAGCGGCAGCGGCAGCGAUAGCGGCAGCGACAGCGAUAGCGGCAGCUGCAGUGAUAGCAGCAGCGGCAGCGAUAGCGGCAGCGGCAGCGAUAGCGGCAGCUGCAGUGGUAGCAGCAGCGGCAGCGAUAGCAAUAGCAGCGGCAGCAACACCAACGGCAGCGAUAGUGGCAGUUGCUGUGGUAGCGAUCGCAAUAGUGGCAGCAACAGCGAGAGUGGCAGCAACAGCAAUAGUGGCAGCUGCAGCGGUAGCGGUAGCGGCACGGUUGCCAUGGUCGCCAUACCUACUCUCUCUCUCCUAUUGGUCCUGGCAGAGUGGGCCGGUCUGGUGGACUGUUCCCCCCACCUCCUGCUCCGGCCCAGUCCGCGGGAACGUGAUGCAGGCGCCAUGAUGACGUUCAACAUCGCCGUUAUCCACGCCGGUGCUACGGUGCAGGCCGAGGCAGCGACGGCGGGGUCUGGGGGAAGGGUGCUCUACCCCGGCUUCGGCCGGGUAUACGGCUCCCUGGGGGAGAGCGUGGUCACCCAGUGGGGCUCUGCUAACGUCAUCUGGCUACAGGUGAAUGACAGUAGUCCGAAGACGGUGCUGUCCCAGCUGUGUGAGCUGCUGGCGGCGCGGCCCCUGCAGGGUCUGGUUUAUGAAGAGGAGAGGCCCCCUCGCGCGGCCUGGGGUCCAUUGGCCCCAAUGCUGGAGUUUGUCUCUGCGCAAACAGGACUGCCCAUAGUGGCAGUAGGAGGGGGAGCGGGGCUGGGGAGGAUGCCACAGGAAUCAGGUUCCAUCUUUCUCCAGUUCAGCUCCUCUACUGCCCUCCAAUUAGAGGUCAUCUUUGAGGUGCUGGAGGAGUACGAUUGGACAUCCUUUUCCGUGGUGUGCACGCGUCACCAUGGCUACCAGGAUUUCCUGUCCGUGGUGGAGGGCCUGACCGACGGCUCGUUCAUCGGCUGGGAGAAGAAGAGCGUGGUGAUCCUGAACGUGACCGACGACCCCGCGGGGGCACGCACGCGCAGGCUGCUGAAGGAAAACGAGGCGCAGGUACGUUUGCUGUACUGCUCCAAGGAGGAGGCUGAGAUGGUCUUCCGAGCCGCCUGGGCUGCCGGUCAGGCCGGAGCCUCGCACAUGUGGUUCGCUGUGGGGCCGGCUCUCUCAGGUUUGAGCAUGGAGAGCCUGCCUCGGGCUCUGUUUGCUGUGCGGCCCCAGGGCUGGAGGGAUGAACCUCGCAGGAGGAUCGCUCGGGGCGUGUCUGUGCUGACUCAUGGGGCAGUGGCCAUGCGCAAGGAUUACGGAACCACGGGUGGGCCGAACUUUGUCACCAACUGCAUGACGGACACCAAUGAGACCCAGAGACUGCGGGACAGGAUGAGGUAUUUCAGCAACAUCACCCUUGGUGGUCGAGACUAUUCCUUCAGUAGUGACGGUUACCUGUCCAACCCCUUCCUCGAUGUCAUUUCCUGGACACCUGGACGUGGAUGGGAAGAUGUAGGCUGGUGGGAGAACGGCGUGCUGAGGCUUCGGUACCCAGCCUGGUCCCGUUACGGGCCAUUCCUUAAACCACCUGAUGAUGCCCAGCACCUGCGCGUUGUCACGCUGGAGGAAAGGCCAUUUGUCAUUGUGGAGCAGGCAGACACCGCAUCCGGGACCUGCAUCCGGGACUCAGUGCCCUGCAGACGACCACUUAAUGCCAGUGCCAUCUAUGAAGGUGUGGCUCCCAUGAAGCAGUGCUGCAAGGGCUUCUGCAUUGACAUCCUCAAGAGAUUGGCCAAGAUUGUCGGCUUCACCUAUGACCUUUACUUAGUGACCAAUGGGAAACAUGGGAAGAAAAUUGAUGGGGUUUGGAACGGCAUGAUUGGAGAGGUGGUAUACAAGCGGGCCGACAUGGCCAUUGGCUCGCUGACUAUCAAUGAGGAGAGGUCAGAAGUCGUGGAUUUCUCUGUCCCCUUUGUGGAGACGGGGAUAAGUGUCAUGGUCUCUCGUAGCAACGGAACUGUAUCACCCUCCGCUUUCUUAGAGCCCUACAGUCCAGCGGUGUGGGUGAUGAUGUUCGUCAUGUGCCUGACCGUAGUGGCUGUGACCGUCUUCAUCUUCGAGUUCUUCAGCCCUGUGGGCUACAACCGCAGCCUCCAGAACGGCAAGAAGGCUGGAGGGUCUACUUUCACCAUAGGAAAGUCUGUAUGGCUUUUGUGGGCGAUUGUCUUCAACAACUCUGUGCCGGUGGAGAACCCCAGAGGAACCACCAGCAAAAUCAUGGUGCUGAUCUGGGCUUUCUUCGCUGUCAUCUUUCUGGCCUCCUACACUGCUAACCUGGCCGCCUUCAUGAUCCAGGAGGAGUACAUUGACACAGUGUCAGGCCUCUCGGACAAGAAGUUUCAGCAUCCCGAGGAGCAGUACCCACCUCUGAAGUUUGGCACGGUGCCCAACGGGAGCACAGAAAAAAACAUCCGCUCCAACUACCCAGGCAUGCACCAGUACAUGGGCAAAUACAACCAGAGAGGGGUGGAGGACGCUAUCAUGAACCUCAAGACCGGGAAACUGGAUGCUUUUAUUUAUGAUGCUGCAGUAUUGAACUAUAUGGCCAGGAAGGACGAAGGUUGUAAGGUGAUGACCAUAGGCUCGGGGAAGGUUUUUGCCACCACAGGCUACGGUAUCGCCCUGCACAAAAACUCACGCUGGAAACGUCCUCUUGACCUGGCCCUGCUGCAGCUGGUGGGAGAUGAUGAGAUUGAGAUGCUGGAGCGCCUCUGGCUAUCAGGAAUCUGCCAUAAUGACAAAAUUGAGGUGAUGAGCAGUAAACUGGAUAUUGACAACAUGGCUGGGGUCUUCUACAUGCUGCUGGUGGCUAUGGGCCUCAGUUUGCUGGUGUUUGCUUGGGAACACUUGAUCUACUGGAAGCUUCGCCACUGCAUGGCCACCAGUUCAGGCAAAUUGGACUUUCUCCUGGCAAUUAGCAGGGGCAUGUACAGUUGCUGUAGCUUUGAGGAUGAAACGGCACCAGGUGGAGCUAAAUCUUUGCCCACUCAUCACCACACAGCAAUGGUCACAGUUCCAUCCCAGCUACAUGUUGUCUCAACGUCUAUGACCAAUCCAGUCAUUGCCAAGGCGCAACAGCAGCAACCACCGCAACAGCAGCAACCACAGCCCGUCUACAAAACACCUCUACCGGGCUCUCCUCCCACCGUGGUGCAUUCUGGGACAGCACUGGGUCCCUCCAACGCCCCCAUUGCUGGCGCACCCCUCCCUUGCUCCACCUUCCUGCCCCGGCCAGAUCGCAGACUGGCUGUGGUGGAUCGCUGGAGGCUGCCCAAAACUGCUGCAGCCACCAACCCAAUGGCUGUAAGGGGGGCCAUCACUGACAUGGGACCCUUUGCUCAGAAAGUCCCACCAAACUGGGCUUCGACUGCUGGAGGGGGUGGGGGACUUGAAGGCUAUAAGAGAUACUAUGGUCCCAUUGACCCUGAGGGACUGGGACCCUGCAUGGAGCAGCAGGCAGGGUCCCAGACCCCCAAGACUAUGCCCAGGGGGGCCGUUAAACCUCUGGGCACUCCCAGAUUGCAGCCUAAGAGUCAGGCCCCUCUGCCUCCUACACCUCCGCUGCCACACCCCUCUCCCCCUCUCCCCUCAUCCUUCUGGAGGAAGCGUAGGCCCAAGAAGCCCAAAGAGGCUGGAGGGCCGCUGUAUGAGAACAUUCUGCCCCUGGGGCAGAGGGGAGGAGCACGAGAUGGAGUGAGGGAGGGAGGAGGGAGGCGGGCACGCCCCCUCUCUCCCCCGCUCUCACUUCCUGUGCCAGUACCCCUCAGCCCCUCUUACACCCCUCCUUCGCCCUCUGCAUCUUUGCACUAUACGUCCUCCUCCUCUUCGUCGACCACCUCGUCCACAACCACGUCCUCAUCUGCCUCAUCGUCGCGCUCCACCUCUCCCACCUACUCUUACAGCUCAUCUAGGAGCACACAGGACAGGACUGGAGGAAUAGAUGGAGAAGACGACGACAACGAUGAGGAGCUGACCGAAGAGUCAAGCCUCCUCCUCGGCAGGGGGAGGGAGAGGGAACGCUCAAUCAUCCGGCCUCGUUCCCUCAGCCAUGGGCGCCUGCCGCCACCCGUACCCCCCAGGAAACCACACACAUCCUGGGGUGACAGAGAAAGGGAACGAGAGAGGGAGAGAGGCGGAAGCCAACUGUCUCAGCUCCAAGAAUGGUGGGCGAGCUGGAGCGAGAGGGAGAGGAGUGGAGAGGGUGGCGAUGCCGAGAGGCAAAAAAGGGAAAAGAAGAGGAGAAAAGAGAAGGAAAAAGAAAAGAAGAAGAAGAAAAAGAACAAAAAGAGGAAAAAGAGGGAAGAAAGGGAAAGAGAGCGCGAGAGAGAAAGGAAGCGGCGAAAGGUAAAAAAGAAGAAGAAA